UUCUUGAUAGACUGGUUCCAGGCAUGAGAUGAGAUUGGGCUCUCCUCUGGCACAGGGCUUCAGCCCCCCAAAUCUGGACAUCUCUGUGAUUCAGCCACUUCCUCUGAGACAUCAUUCCUGCUCUCUACUGCAGCAAAGCCAGGGGAGGCCAUGGCAGCUCAGUCCGUGACUGGAAGUAUCAGGGCAUCCUCCCAUGUUCUUUGGAAAGAGCUGGACUGCACCCAGACGGAGGUGUUUUAAUGACUGUUUUGGAUCCCUGGGAGCCAGCCUCCUCCCACUCAGCCCAAGGUUAUUCACCUCCUCCACCAGUGUUGGGGAGUUGUUGACUGGUGGAGAGCGGCUGGUAGAACAGGUUCUCUGCAGGGAGUUGUCUCUGAAACCCUGGGAGAUCUGGAUGGAUUGAGCCCCGAGCGCGGGUCUCUGCUCGAACCCUGGCACGGCAGGCAGCGAGGAGUGAUUUCCUUCUGCGUGGCACUCCUGGGCAGGGCGACUUUUGCACAGUGCCUCUAGUAGACAAAUUACAGCCUUGCCUCUGUCAAGGUAGAUAAGAAACCAUGUGAUGCAGCGUGGUGGUAAACGGGUUGCAGGCAGGGUAAAGGUGCACAGGGAAAUAACCUUGCCGGGAGUUUCUCCCUCCUUGGGGAGCAGAGUGUCCGGGCAGCACAGAUCCCCACGGGUCCGAAGCUCCUUGGCCUUGAUGCCUACACAAGUUUUGGGGGCUCUCUGAAACUCACGGAAAGCAGGAAUGUCUUUCAGCAGAAGGAACUGGUCAGAUCUGUCCAGCCUGGCCAGGCAGAGGAACCUUGAGGACGAGGAAGAGCAGCAAAGAGAGCGCCGACGAAGGCACCGGAGCAUGCUGUCCUCCACAUCGAAGGAUGAAGAACCUCCUAGCCCCACAAAAGACACCAGCCCAGCUUCCAGCAGACCUCAAUCCCUAGUGAAGCCAGUGUCCCCUGGGGAUGCAGAAGAGCGUAAACUCUUGGAGGUGCUGAAGUCACAAGAAGAGAGACAGACAAGGUCCCCGAUGUCUGUCUCUGAAAAACUGAAGCAGAAGAAGGAGCAGCAGGAACCAGGGAGGGAAGUGAGUUGUGUGGAGGCAGGGAUGAAGCCGCAUAUGGGCCAAAAGAGCAUCCAGCCUGGACAGCAGGGCCAGGAUGUGACCAAGGGCAGAGGAGACCCACCAGGAGACCAGCACCCUGAGCUGUUGUCCAAGAGAAAGGCAUCAGUGAAGGUGCGUCUCCAGGACAAAGAGAGACAAGUUGUGGGGACACCUCUGGAGGAGCAGAGGAAGGAGGUGGAGCCACAGCAGCGGUCAUCACCAGAGGUGGGAGGCUGUCGGGUCCGUGAAGUGAAAAUCCUGACCAGACAGGGAAGCUUCAGCAAGGAAGAGAAGACAGCCUCGGUGGAGACCUCAUCUCAGGACCAGCAGCACCCAUCCAGGAAUCCCUCAAAGGAGGUGGUAAUACAGUUGUCUUCUACCCAGGAUGAACCUGCAGAAAAGUCAGAUACGUCUCGUGUCACCUACAGCAGCUCCAUCAGACGAACCAGCCCAAGAACAGUCUCUUUUCGGGUGAUUUCAAGAAAAACGAAAGAAGAAAACCAAAGCCCUCUCACGAGGAGUGCGAGUCUGAGGAUCCCAGGUAACAGCACCACCAUUGGGGAGAAGCUGGAAAAGUACAACUCAGCCGUGCAGCGCUCAGAGGUGGUGAAAUCAUCCCUGACUGUUCAGAAAAGCCUCUUGCUGUCCUCGGAGGGGGUGGCCAGCAAGCGUAACUUCUUUGAGGCAAGCGCUCCCAGCAAGGCUGAGCCACUCACUGUCAGGAAGGACAACCUGAAGAUCCCAGGAUCUGUGACAUCCCGCAUUAAUCUGUGGAUCAGCCGAGCUCAGGAGCCUGCCAAAGAGGAAAAAAGCAAGCACAUCAGGAAAAUAAACAGCCUGCCAAGCCGAGAUGUCUGGGUAAAGCAGCCUGGAGACACCCCUGGAGACAGCAAGUUGUAAGAUCAGAUGAUCUGGGAAAAACUGUUUUGUUCUGAAGAUCAAACCCCAGCCUGACCCAGCCGUCCAGCAGCCCACUGCCAUGAGAAUCCCUGGUGCCGUGCGCAGGUGCACCCCUGGUCGCCAGGGUCCUCUGCUUGUGGGAUGGGAAGGAAGAAGGCUGGAAGAUAAACCCUGCGGCCUCAGUUCUCACUCACUGCCUGCCUGGGAGUGCCCAGGCCUGGAGACUCCUUGCAAAUGCUGAAGACAAACCCUUUCUUCAUUUCCCCACAGCAUUUUGGUUUUUUUGCUCCUAAUCUCCGGCUGUGCUCCAUAACCUCUUGCAAAAAGAUCAGCCUAUGCAUCUCCUUUGCAGCCGGAUCAUGUCAGUGGGGCAAGAAGCAGCCUGGCUGAGGGCGUUUCAGCUGCACGUCCGUGGACCAUGCUCGUCCUUGAUGCCUGGCUCAUGUGGGGUGAGGCGGGGCAGGCAGAUGUCACCCCUCCUCCUAGGCUGUCACUAUUGGAGGGACCCAACCAAAGGCAAACGGUGUUUGCAAGGUCAUUCAGGUGCCGGUGUAGCUUGGAGAUGCCUCAUGGAAGAGAGGUGGACCUGGUGGCUCUGGUGCCUCCCUCCAGCAUGCAGCUGAGCCAGAGCCUUGGCCUUCUUCACCCUUCCCUUACCCUCUCCUGCCCACUACAAGCAGCAAUCCCUUUCACUUAGUGAUAUGGGAAGGGUGGGAUGGCCAUGGCCUUAUUUUUGGGAUUGCAUGGAUCUGAGCCGGCUAUGCUGGGCCCUUUCUGCAGACCUCAAUUCUCUUUCGCCCUUCCUCCUGAGCUGUUUGCCCAUGGCUGUGCAGACCCCUUGUCCUGCACUUCCCACACUGCUGAGUCCACCCAGCAGGGAUGCGGGAUGCUCUCUCCAGGCCCACUUUAGAGUUCCGUGGGCAGCCCAUAAUAUGAUGCUUUAAUCCUCAUGCCGGGGCCAUUCAAUGGGCUCGGGCUGGGCCUUGAGCAACCGUUGCGGUGUCCAAAUUUGGUGUGGGACUGCAGCCUCUACUGAUCUCGCUUGUUGAGCUUUGGAAAGGACUUGUUUUUCUCUGUGCCUUUUAUUUUUUCUAAUAAAAAUUACUCUUUCUAGGA